AGCAUCUUAUUGUGCGAUUUGAGUUUGAAGCGUUUCAAUACCACACCCAAAUGGAAUGUAUUAAUGUUGGGUGUAUUACUACUCCUUUUGAUAUUGGGCGUGAUCAUUUCUUUCAUUGUUACCCGAAAUCAUCUUCAGAAAACAGGUGACUGUUGGCCACCUUUUUGCUUGCAUUCCUCAACGGCCGCAUUGACUACUGAUGAUGUGGAAUGGCUCGGUGAAGAGCUUCCACUGUGCACGGGGAAUUUACUUGACAAGCGCGAACACCACUACGCAAAAGAAGCUAACGGAUCGUACCACAACAGUCAAAUGAUAUCCAAAUUGGGAUCGUGUCAACUGAUCCGUUACACUUUUGAACAAGUUGUCGGCUGUUUUGAUGCGCUGUAUGAGCGACAUUACUUAUUCGCCGGGAAUUUUUCUAAUAAUGUGACUCUCAUCAACAGACCCAAUAGGACUUUGCAUUUUGCAUUUAUAGGUGAUUCUAGAAUGCGUCAGCAGUUUUUAAACUUCCUCAAGUUGAUUCCAGAUUACGAUCGAAUAUCGCAACCGAGUCCGAUUCCUGCACAGUAUCAUGGUGACAUUGAAAUUACCAGUGCCAUGCUCGAACUGCAUCUAUCAUUUAAAUGGCGACCUAUUAUCACCGAUGCAAUAAUCAAUACGGUGCGUCAGUGGGCAACUGAUAAUCAAACUGAUCCGCCCAACUUGAUUUUUCUUGGCAUUGCCGUGUGGCACAUGCUGCAGUCCCAAGGCGCCGAUUUCAGUCUUUAUCAGAAGAAACUGACGGAAUUUGCGCCAAUCCUCGGUCAAUUGUCAAACGUCAGCCAAGUCAUUUGGCUUAACCAGUACCCAACGGUGGAUUUCUACGGGAAUAUUAAUGCUCACAACACGGAGAUACAUUUGCAGAAGAUUCAUCACUACAAUCAAGCCGUCCACCGAAUACUUGGAGAUUACAAACGUGUCCGGAUAUGGGAUUCAAGCAAUCCGCUGGCCGAAGAAUAUGUUCGUGCCUGUUCCUUUUCACAACGAGUCCAGUACGCUACACAGCCGCGUUAAACUGCUUAUUUUAACGAUUUCCAGUACCUACACACCCCUAACAGUUUCAGUACCCUUCAAAAGGGUCGAAUAUGCUACUGAAACGCAAUUCAGUAUUUUACUGUACUUGCUUAAGUACAAAUUCUCUACUAACCAUUCAUUUGCCUACUUUUUACGUUAUUCCUAGUGAAACUGUUAGUAGGCAUAGUUCUGUUCAGUAGGUUGGUCCAGCAGUUUAUAAAGAUUUAGUUAGUAGUCUGAAAAAUUCAGUAUGU